AUGGAGGAAUCGAGCUUCUUUCCCUAUGCGGCUAUUGACAAGUCGAGUUCAGCCAAGCAGGCAAUCCUCAUCUGUGGAGGCAGUUGUGAGUACCAGCUUCGGUCCUUGGAGAAUAAGGCCGAGAAAUGCGUAAACCCAGCCAUCAACAUAGCGAGUGUCGGCCAGUACGCCCUGCAAGUUGCAAACCUGUACGGCCUCGAAGCCCUUGUGUCGUGCAGCCCGAAGCACUUUGGACAGACUGCAUCUCUUGAAAAGCACCACUAUGGAGAGUUCUACUGGCCGCCGAAUAAGGCGGACCACGAACUGGGCGCCGAGUUCUGCCCCAAGAUCGGAGACUGGCUCAGCUCGGGCAAGAAUAAGCCCAACAAGACAAGAAUCAUUGAUGGAGGCCUCGAUGCUGUUACUCGGGGUUUCCAGGAGUGUCGCGAUGGCAAGAUUCCGGGGUACAAACUCGUGUACGCUAUCAAAUAG